AUGAAGUCUUCCAAUCUGCCAGUUAUUUCUAUAUAUAUUACGCUAUUCUUAAUAAUAUUCUGUAGUGCAGAGCUAAAUGUGGUUGAGAAGUUGGAGGCCAUUUAUGAGCAGUCAGAGAAUCUACUUUCCAUUUUAAAGGAGGAACUUUUGCAAAUAGAAACUAAUGGCAUUCUAAAUAACAAGUCACCGGCUAAGGCUUAUCCCACAUCCUGUCUGAAUGCGAAUCCCAAUGAAAAUUUUUUGUCUACCCUGGAAGUUCCAGGCCUAAAACCAUUUCAAGUCUAUUGCGAAAAUCAGUUGGCCGGCCCCGGAUGGAUUGUGAUUCAGAAGAGGUUCAAUGGAAGUCUUAGUUUCUUUCGCAAUUGGGAGGAGUACAAGAAUGGUUUUGGAGAUCUAGAGGGCGAGUUUUUUCUGGGCCUUGAAAAGAUUCGUGCCCUGACUGCCCUGGAGCCACAUGAACUAUACAUCUACUUAGAAGAUUUCGAUGAUACAAUAAAACAUGCGAGAUUCGAUGAGUUUGCCAUUGGAAGCGAAGAGGAUGAUUAUGCUAUGAAUGCACUGGGAAAAUAUUCCGGUACCGCGGGGGAUUCCCUGAGAUCUCAUCGCAAAAUGAAGUUUUCUACCUACGACAGGGACAACGAUCGUGAGUUCAAUAGGAAUUGUGCGUUUUACUAUCUGGGAGGAUGGUGGUACAAUGCCUGUCUGGAUAGCAACCUCAAUGGCCAGUAUAUGCCGGGUGGUAAAUACGAGGAAAAGUACUUCGCUCGAGGCAUGUGCUGGCGAUCUUGGCGCGGUCACAACUACGGAUAUAGGAUAACGCAGAUGAUGAUAAGACCCAAGUGCCGAAAUAUACCAGUGAUUCAUUCCUGAUUCCGGAUAAGGCGGUUUCACAUACAAUAAUAUUAUAUACUGUUCACUCCCUUUCGGUUUAACGACUUCCAGAUCAACGAGAAAACAACUUGUUAUGUACUUGAUUAUUAUGCAAAAGGUGUUGCCAUUGAAUCAUCACAUUCUUGCCGAGCACAUUAAUCAGAUUCUCAAUCAGAAAUGCGAAAUAUACUGGAAUUCUCAA